AUUUGUGAGCGUCGGCACCUCUCCUCCCAACAAACGCAGCAUCCAAAGCUAACUCACUCUCCUUUCUCUUUUCUUCCCGUCACUCUCCUUCAUCGCUCUUCGUCAAGGGCACAACAAUCCUUUUACUCGCAGGCCGACGCGCUCUCCAACCUUUCCAUGGCGCACCAGGCAUCUUAUCCCGACUCAGACGACUUGUCCCACUAUCAUUAUCAGGCAAAGUCGUCGUAUUUCCAAGAACCGCAGUCAGAAGUCAAAGCAUCCUACGAUGAUCUUAUUGACGAGUAUGCUUCUCCCUACGCUGCCAAUACCCAUCACAAGACAUUCGCCGUCGAAACGCCAAUGACGGGUGCACCACAACAUCGCCGAGGCCCCUCGACGCCCAUGAAGACUACUUUUUCCUCAAAGCAGUCAGAUGAUACCUUCCACGAUCAACCACUGCCUCUUUAUCCGCCCCCGCCGGUGAAGGACAUGGAGAAGCAACGGUGGUAUCAAUGGGCCAAUAUAAUUCCGGACUCGAUAGCAUGCCGCCUAUACAUUUUAACGGUUCUCAUCGAAACUGCAAUAGAUCUUGCUAUCGAAGGAGAACUACUGGUGAGGGUGAAUCGAGAGACCGAAGACGGCACAAACACCAAAAAGAUGUCCGUCUACCUCAGUAUAUUCGCCAUAGCUCAUGUGUUUCAAUUUUACAUGGCUGCGGAAGCUGUCGUGACAAGAAAUACACUACAGUUUAUCGCUCUAACUCUCUUCAAUGCUCUACUGCUUCUCUACGCCGUCAUACAGAUAGGCGAGAUCAAGCAGAACGUCGAUGGAGCCUCUGGCGGCAUUUCUGACAUCCCAAUUGACGUUCUCACUGUAAUCAUCCCUUGCGUGAUUGCAGCUGCAGAACUUGCGUUUAUGGGCCUGGGGUGGAAAAUUUACCAUGAAUUUGGCUGGAAAGUCUACAAAUUCCUUGGCGCUGACAGGAGGAUCAAGAAGUUAUACGCCAACUACCAGAUUUAUGAAUGUCUAAUCAAAUUCGACGUUUUCUUCUUCGCGGGUUUUUCGGUCCAGUUUUUGUGGCUGGUGCUCAACAGCAACGACUGGGAAUACUAUGUGACCAUCGCUGCUCUUCCUCUCUCGAUCGUCCUUUUGGUGGAAGGUCAUUAUGCUGCAAAGUACGAGAACAAGUGGAUGAUGGCGACCUUCAUGUCAGGUUGUGUGGGUGCGAUGGUGUAUUUCGUAUACAAGUUCGUGAAGGUUCUUAUGUACAAGGAUCGAGAAGCAGAAUUGCAAUCCGCAUGGAAGUCACUUACCAUCUUUUCUGUCAUCGCGAUCCUUUUACUUUCCGUCACUUUCGUUUUUUCGUACCUCAUCACGAGGGGUUUCGGCCGAGGAUUGAAAGACUCGCUGAAACGAAAGAACAGCAUGUCCGGGAAGAAUCCGUCGCAUAGCAGAGCAGCCAGUGCGAAUCCAAAUCGUAUGAGCAUCGAUUGAGCAUGGUGCAUCACACGACUUUCCAUGAUUUUUCAUCAUUGUACUGAUUACUUGGGCAUUGCAUACACAUCAUCGGGCACGGACACUUGACAGGUAUCUUGAACAUCUAUCCUUUCGCAUGUUCUGUCGCACCCCGUUUCUUUACAUUAUCUUAUACCAUAAAUUCGGUACUGUUUCGACCUUUUAACCUGUAGAUUCAGGUGUAGCUGUUUCCUGUUUGUUUCGCCAGCGUAUAGAUGUAUUCUUAGGUUUGAUCCUGCGCG